AUGAAUAAGCUUUUAGCUCUUUCUAUAGGUUCAAUUAGUUUAAUAGCAGGAAAAUUAAAAAUUAUGGGAGGAAUUAAUUAUUUUAGAAAGCAUUAAUAGGUAAAAAUAAUUUUUAAUAAGAUUACUUUGAAUGAUAAAACUAUCUUAAUUACAGGUGGUACAGAUGGAAUUGGAUGGGAAACAGCUAAAAAAUUAUCAAAAGCCAAAAGUGUAAUUGUUGCAGGGAGAAAUGUUGAAAGAAUUAAAUCCUAAUUAUUUAAUUAUACUAAUAUCUAAUACAUGUACUUAGAUUUAAAUGAUUUGAAUAAUGUUUAGUAAUUCUGUCAAGAAUUUAAAAAGAGACAUGAAAAAUUAGAUAUCCUAAUUAAUAAUGCAGGAGUCUUUAAUUUAGAAUUAAAAUAUACUCAAUAAGGAUUUGAACAGAAUUUUGGUGUUAACUAUUUAUCUCCUUUUUUGUUAACUUAUAAUUUACUUGAUCACAUACCAAAUGAGUAUGAAUCAAGAAUAAUCUUUGUUGCUUCACGUGCACACACAGAUUCUCCUAGUUAGGUUGAUUUCAACUAUUAUUUGAAUCAAGAACCUAUUCCAUAUUCUUGUCAUAAAAUUUAUGCCAUAUCUAAGUUAGCUAAUAUAUAUGAAACAUCUUCAUUUGCAAAUCAUUUAAAAGAUACUAAUAUUAAAGUUUAUACAUUGCAUCCUGGAGUAGUUAGAACACACAUGCUUAGUUAAUUUAAAUUUAAUAAAUUUUUUACUCCAAUGAUAUGGUAUUUCACUAAAACUCCUGAAUAAGGAUCAGUCACUUCAACAUUUUUAGCAACAUAACCAAACAACCAAUUAAAGAAUGGAUAUUAUUAUAAAGAUUGUUAUCCUAAAUAUCUAAAAUCAGAUAAUAAUAUAUUAUUUGAUAACACGAUUAAGGUACUUCAAAAGCUUGGGUAUAUUAAAUGAG